CAAACCAAGAAAAACCCGAACACGCCCACUGCCACCACACCACGGCCUGCCGUCUUCAACCCUCGGAAAGCCGACGAUGAGGCACGCACGCAUCACGGUGGCGGUCGCCGUCGCAUUCGCCGUCCUCGCAGUCACCGCCGCAGCCUCCACGGGCGCCACCGCCGCCGGGAGGGGGAAGCAGCAGCGCGCUCCAGGCCCCGCUUCCGGCUGCAUCGUGUACAUCGUGAUGGUGAAGCCCCCGGCCGUCGCCGCCGACAGCGCGGCCUACCAUAUGGGCAUCCUCAUCGCCGCGGUCGGCAGCAAGGAGAAGGCCGAUGCGGCGUUGGUCUACAGCUACAAGAGCGCCAUCAGCGGGUUCGCCGCGAGGCUCACCCCCGCGCAGGUCGCCGUCCUCAGGAAGAACCCUGCCGUCAUCCGGGCGCAGCCUGAUGUCAAGUACUCCCUUCACGACGACCACAACAACAACAACAACAACCUCAACUGAGCAAGAGCUCAUGUCCUGUUAUUAAGGGUUGUUGCGCAAUAUGGAGCAAGAAGCGGCGCGCAUGAUCUGCCCUCGAAGAAUCUUGAUAUGAUAUAUCUCUGCAUACUUCAAAAUUACACACACAUAUAUAUAGUGUAGCAUUGCAAGAAGUUUAUAGUGUAAUUUGUUUAGAAUUGUUGCACCUUGUAUAACUCUGUCUGCGUAUAUACUGAUGGGCAAAGAUGUCUGGUUUGCUACCAUAUUAUAUUUCCUCUGAAGGGGUUGUGCAAUGGGUUAGGUUGGGUUGUCCAGCGUGCGGGUCAUAAACUGUAAUGCAAAGGUGCAAGUGAGAGUUCUGUUAAGAGGGUGAUAACAUAUACAAGAAAGUAACCUACCCGUUGCACUUA